AGGUAAAUCGGUAUUCUGAAGAUUUAUUUUUUACUUAAUCCGUAUGAAUAUAUAAACACAUAUCUAUUUUUAAUGAGCAUAACAAAUAUAAUCUGGAGAAAGACUGAAAUGAUAUUAUGAAAACUUUAGUUAUUAUUUUCAUUAUUUUUGGAAUAAUUGCUGUCAGAGAGACGGAGGCGGGAUUCGGAUGCCCGUUUGAUGAAUAUCGAUGUCAUCGUCAUUGUAAGAGUAUAGGCAGACUUGGAGGGUACUGUGGCGGUUUUCUCUGGCGGUUUACCUGUAUCUGCAUUCACCAGACUUCAAGCGUUGCCCCUAGCACCGGAUGGACUACUUUUUAUACCACCACACCAGAUAAUUUGCGAACUUCAAUAAAUAUCGCUACAUUGACAACAACUGAAGAAAGUGCUACAUCCAAUAGCAUGCAAACCACUACAGGUGUGAUUUCAACAAGCCGCACCACGACAGGUACCACUAUACAAAAACAAAAUACUAUAGACACUACAACUCUUGGCAGCAGUCAAACCGCGACAAAUACAUUUACAACAAGUACCUUGCAAACAACGACAGCCGCGGGAUCAACAAGCCACUGAUAAACCACGGAAGAUAUCUCAAAAACAAACUUGUUUUCCAUGUAGGCUAUAUUACAUUUGUUUUAUGAGUAUUUUAAAUGUAAUUAGUUAAAAUACAAUACCACUGUUUAA